CUACUACUACUGUUAUUCCGUAUUAAAUGCCUAGCAUAACACCAGCUGGUAUUACCAACUUCAACUACUCUGCAUGUUUCAGUAUAGCAGCUGCUCAAGGGCUGCGUUCUCUGGUACCUUUCGAGAGGAGAAUCAUAAACGCUGAGGACCAAGAUUCUCUACAGCACAAUGGUGGUCUCACGUCUACGUUGCAGAUUCUGUUCGAGCAAAUGUCUGACGGUUCGACAGGACCCGCGGACAUCCGAAGGUUUUUCGAUCAGUGCAAGAAGGUUUGCCCGGAGCUCAUGCGGGAGCCUUAUCGACAGCAUGACUCGCAGGUUCUCCUGGAAGCUGUACUGGAUGCUUUACCACCAGACACACAGAGAAUGUUCCAAUUCAAAUUGAAGGAUUCUGUUUUAUGUGAUAACUGUAACUAUGUUAACCAUAUAAAUACUACUGACCAUAUGCUUCGACUGAAGAUCGGCGCGCAUCCGCACCCUGGCGAGCCUGUCGUGGUAGAACUCCAUCGCGAAGAUGUCAGUGAGAAAUGGGGCCUCCAGUGGGACGAGGAAUCAUACAAGCAACGACGACACCUGGUGAUUCGAUCGCUAUCAUCGACCUCAAGGGUUGCCCUGCAACUUAGCGGUUACGUUGGCUGGCAAUGUGUUAGAGUCAACGACAGUACCUCUCGGAUGGAUAUGCGCCAGGAGCUGUCCCAACGAUUAAACGUGGAAAUGGCACUUUUACCACCACCUUCAGUGCAGAGCAGCUCAUCGGACCUGGAUUGGCUUAUAAAGGCUACUUAUAGUCCUCAGCUGAACCGAGAGGUCAUUUCCGACUAUCACUGUGACGAGUGCAAGGCUGAUACCUCUUGUACUCGUAUUACUGAGAUAGCAUCGUCGAUGCCUCCUUGUCUGAUUGUUCAUAUUUGGAGGGACAAGUUCUUCACUGGCGUGAAAGAUACCACAUACGUGUCUUUCGAUCGGCACUUGCGCACUCUUGAGACGCCCGAUGGUCGGCAGAUCUACCGCCUCACAGGAGUCGUGGAGCACUUGGGCUAUCGGCUCGAUAGCGGCCAUUAUGUGGCGUAUGUCGCUCGAGAUGCUCCUGAUGGCGAACAAUGGUACUUUUGUUCUGAUUCUGUGGUGGAGCCCAUAUCGUUUGAAGAGGUAGCGACGAAGCAUGCCUAUCUGCUAUUCUAUGUCCGAAUGGACUGA